UUCCGCCACUGAUAGCAGUGAAUGCCCAGAAAACUACGUAAAGAUACACCGAAGUUGCUACAAGUUUGUCACAGAUGGCGACAGUCACCCGAUGGUUGUGAUGGUAACAAACUGGUGCUGGUACAGAGCGUGGCUGAGAUGCAAAAACUAGAAGAGUACAUGAACAAGAACAAAUUUGCUGCCGGCAAAUAUUGGGUCGGUAUAAGGAAAGAAACAACCAAGGGAGACAAACCAAAAUGGUUGGACAACUCGGAUGUUGCUCAACCAAUAACGAAACCCAACAGAAGAAGAUACGACUGCAGCGCAAUAAAUUUACAACCCAACCAGUUUCAACUUGUUCUACACGACUGUGACGACACACUGCCCUAUAUCUGUGAAUACACACAAAUUACUGCCCGCCCCCAAACCGCCACUACAACUCCUGACAUGUAGAUAGCAGACAGCAGCGUGCUACCCACAGGAACUAUCCGCCUCGACCCAUCCAUCCCAAAAUCUGCCACCCCUGGAAACGCCAAUGACACAUCAGCAACACAAGAAACAACUAAACCAACAGUCUACGUCCAUCCACCAACAGAAAAGACCCCUACAGUCAACACACACAAAGCUCCAGAAGUUUCUCGCAAGGAGAAAGUUCCAGAAGUUUCAAGUCAGUCCAGCUUUAGCCCAAGCAAAGUAAGAAACCAUCACCAAAAGCAACUACCAGUAGAACAACUACUACCACAACAACAACAACAGGAACUACCACAUCCAGGAAGACAACCACUACACCAACCACCACACCAACCACCACACCAACCACCACACCAACCACCACACCAACCCAACCAACCAAGAGAACAACCACCACACCUGCCAGCACUACCACCACCAGCUCUGUAGAAACCAAAUUAAAAGAUUAUAAAAACUGCUACAUCCCAAGUUUUGGCUCCAAUUUAAUGGAACAAUUAAUCACUGCUGAAACUUUUUACACCAACCCACGUGUGUGUCCCAACACAACCAUUGGCUCAGUCAACUGGCCAUCUACACUUCCUGGUCAAACAGCUCAAGUCCGCUGUAAAAACAGAAAAGGUACAGCGACGUGGGCCUGUAGCCAACAGGAGACAAAAGUCUGUUGGAUUGGUCAGCCUGAUGUUUCUGGGUGUGUGGAUGAGAAGCUGCAGAAAAUAUUGAACCUGGCUAGUCUAAUAGAAACACCAGCAACAAAUGAAACAAAUCCAACAGAGCCGCCACCAAGCGGCGAAGAAGUGGUAGAGAUGACAUCACAGAUCAAAGAAGUGACGACUGCGAAAGAAACAACAAUGGAGGAUGUGUUGGUCAUGUCUAGAGUUCUAACGUUGGUCACCAAGAAAAAAGACAACGCUCCUCCCAAAGAUAUCCAGGAGAUUAAGGAUAUUAUUGAUAAUGUCAUCGCAGCAGGAAGUAAUCUCGUCUCCACCAACAAAUCAGCCAUGUGGGAGGAAAUGACGCAGGUAGAUAAGGUCAACUCGGCAUCAACACUUCUGGUUGCCAUGGAGACAGCGACGUUAGCCAUGGCAGAGGAAAUUAAGCAACCGAUUGUGAUAACUCAACAAGAUGAGAAUAUCGAUCUAAAACUACACGUGAUCAGUGAAGACACGUUCACCAAGGAAAACAAGACAGAACUGGUCUACACAACUGACCAAUCAGAGACAACGUUCACCAUUCCUAAAGAAACUUUGUUCAGCUUUAACAAAGAAGGUGAACUGGCCAAGGUUGUUUUUAUGACUCAUUACUCCAUGGCUGACAUCCUGGGGGUCCAAGAGAAACCAAAGACAAAAACUGACCCGGAAGUGAACGUUGAGGAGAAAUCCUCCAAGAAGAAAGCGAGAAUGGAAGAGGUCUGAUAUCAGACUUCACAUAGCUAGCUACAUACUCAGCGCCUCACUAGGGGCAGAUGGACAUGCGCACAAGCUUCCAAAACCUGUGACCUUCAGGAUGAAACAUGUCACUCCAGUAGUUCCUACCCUUAGAACUGUCUGCUCUUUUUGGAAGAUAUCUGAUGG